AUGAGUGUCGAUAGUGACGAAUAUAAACUCAAUAACACUGACGUUUGUCAAAAAAAAGAUAUAGUAGGAGUAGCUUGUAAAAGUUAUGCUUCGCAAGGAGUUCAGAAUAUUGAUCAGUGGAAAAUGUUAUCUGCCGACGCUAUGGCUCAAGCUCUUAAGAAGAAAAAACCUCAGGAGGACAAAAGAGAGCCCUUAGUUGAACCUAAAGACAAAAGUGAGACCUCACCUGAGCCUAGCGACAACCGAGAGCUCUCACCUGAGGCAAUAGACAAAAGGCAGCUCUUGCCUGAGCCUAAAGACAAAAGAGAACCUUCAGAUGAGCCCAAAUUUACCACUGAUCCGUUCAAAUUUGCAUUAGCUUUAGAAGGAUCCCUCGAUGAAUCUUCCCCUAAAUUUGACAUGGAUGAUUAUAUAAAAAAUAUAAAGUCUGAUGAAAUACAAGUACAAGAGCAAGCAAAAUCGAUGUCAACAUCGUCAAAAUCAGAGAAACAUUUACUCAAUGAAUCAAAUGCCGAUGAAAAUUUCCCGGUAACCAAAAAAAUUAAGUUAAUGAAAGAUCCCCAAGUAUCCAUAAAUGACUCCCAAUCUGGUAAAAAUUGUCAAGAAUCUAGCACUGAAGACAGCAAAUUCGAUAAAAUAACCAUAAUCCCUGACGAUUGUUUGAAAAGAUACAUUAAAUCUCAUCCUAUUCUGAUACGUUCGGAUCAAGCUCAAACAGUAAUCAAAAGUCUGACCGAUUCUGCCCAAAAUAUUCAACCUAACUCACCAGCCAAUUUAGUCGGUCUAUUGAAAUCUGAACUAUUGGCCAAGGAUGAGCUGAUAACUAUCAUGGCAAAGACAUUUAAUCUCAGAAAAGAAAUAAUGGAGAAGGAAAAGUUAGAAUGGGAAAUGAAAAAUAAAAAGAACUACGAAAUGCUUCUUGAAGCCAAGGAGAUCCAAAUUACCAAUCUAACUACAAAAUUGACGAUGAAUCAGAAGGAUGAAAUUGUGACGAAAGGAGAAUUGGGUGGGAUAACCGAGAUGUUGCCCCAAUCAAAGAAUUUAGAGAGCCAAAAAAUGGAAGAGCUUGUAGGCAACAAGAUUCAGCUCGAGAUAGACCCGGAAGAAAGGGAAGAAUAUCUUAAAAAUUUUGAAACAUCGAUGAAUGCCGAGGCGGUAGUUCAAAAGGAGGAGAUGCGCGAAAAAAUUAGGAAUGUGAUUGAAAACGAUUUUCAAUGCGUAAUCUGCAAAGAAACUAUAAUCAUGGCAACAGCGAUGAAUUGUUCUCAUACAUUCUGCAAUGUAUGCCUAGAUACCUGGCUUAGAACCAAAAAAGAAUGCCCAGUGUGCAGAGAAGGUUUCUCUUACAAAUGCAGUGUCCUGGUAUUAGAUAAUUUCCUGGAUAACUUGGGGGAAGAUAUGUUUGGGGAAGGAUGGAAGGAUAAAAGAAAUUCACUCAAAAUAUUGCAUGAACAGAAGGCAAUGGAUAUCAAUGACACCGGAUCUGUCAUGAGAGCAGAAAGAAAUGACGAUGUAAUAACUAUAGACGAUUUAGAGAACGAUAGCUAUAUAUUUAAUCCCGAAAUUGACAAUGGCAGUCCUAGUACAUCUCAAUGGGCAUCCAGUGACAUGGAAGAUUUCGGCACUCGAACUUCUAUAUCAUCCACUCCAUCGGUCACAUCGCUUACAUUCACCCCAUCAGUCCCAUCUAUUGCAGCGGCUUCAUCAAUAAUAUCUACAUCAAUAUCAUCAAUGACAUCGAACAUAUCUAUAGCAUGGACUUCAUCUAUUCAAUCUUCAUCAAUCCCAGUGUGUAUAAGAUUUAAUCUAUUUUCUUCGGAUAGCGAUAGUGAUACUUAA